CGUAUUCGUCGUCAAAGAUGAUGAGAGCUGAGAUUGAAAGGAAAUUGCACGCCGCGCAGUAGAAGCAAGGAGAUUCGUGAGUAGUAGAAUAGAAGAGCUUGAUGCUCUAUGUGUGUUGUUACAAGUCAAGUUGACUGUUGAUUGAAGCGCCCAGCGUGUGUAAGUGAAAAGUAGUGAUAUAAAAUCGUCAGGAGUCGUCAGAAGCGAGAGCAAGAGCUGUAGAGCAACAGAGCUGUAGAGCUGUGAAAAAUGAGCUGGUACUCCAGGUACUGCUGACUCGAUCAAGACGAAGAAGAAGCAGAGCUGACGAUGUGUAGAAGAGAAGUAGAGUCAGAAGAGUCGAGGUCGGAAGACAAAACAAUGUAGGCCAGUCUGUUGUCUGUGGCUUGUCGGCCGGUCAACAGAGAAAGCCUCCCACGAAAGAGAGUUUUGCAGAAGACUCUGCAAUUGGGGAGGAGGUUUUGCUCGAGGAGGAGUGUGGCGGUAGGUUACCGGUACUUGAGGAAACCAUGCGACCAGAGCCUUACGAGCGGGCCGCCGAUGGGCGAUGCAUGUACCAUGUACAGGGGUGCCUUGCUGGGCUUGAGAUCGUGCAGCUGUACUUGGAACGGCACAUUCAAGAGCCCGGACCCCGAGAGUGAAGAUGCACGGCGGAGUCGGUGGUGAGCGCGGCAGCCCGGAUGAAGAUCAAGAUGUUUUGGCCCAAUCGAUUUUUGUUCCUUCUUUUCCUCCUUCUCUCCUUUUUCUUCCUUUUCCAGCCUUCGAGUUCGAGAACACAGACGGGAGUGAUCGAGGCCGUAGUAUCCGAAGGGCAGCAGCAGCGAGCGUGGCUGUCUUGUCCACGGAGGCAGGCUGUGGCGUGGGACAUGUGGACUUAUAGCUCGCAAGAGGCUUUUGCCAGGCACUUUUCCGGGCGUGUGGCCGAUGUCAACAAGGGCAAAUGGAGCAGGAAUGUUGCCACUAGGAACUUGGCCCAAGCAUCGUGUUCUUGUCCGUGGAGCCGGAUGAGCCGUUACGAGAAGGGCCAGCUAAGGUUGACGAGACAUGCCUGGGGACAGGUUCGAUGGGGUUCAGGUGGUGAUACGAUCCUUGGAGAGACAUGCCAUGCUACGCCAUGCUACUCCGAAGGUACUUACAAUCGACAAGCCCGAGACCUUAGGUACCUACCUGCCUACCGUGAGACCUCACCUGUCCCUGUUCGGGAGCUGCCUUUACAGCGAGUACGACGACGGAAUACACGUAUGGAGUCGGACAUGAAAUGGGCCAGGCGAGUGGAAACCGAAAGGAGUGCGCAGACAGACGAUGCCCAGUCGGAGCAAUUGACAUGUGCGACAUGCGCGCUUACGCUACCAGGUGCCUGUACUGGAUCAGCCCGCAUUUCCGAGGCCAAGAGCCUUGUCGCCCAAUGGCUCGUCACCCACUUUUUGCUCUCUAUCCACCUGCCGAAGGAUGGGCAGAAUUCGUGGGAGCACAUGCGCAGGCUGGCAGAUCCAAGGGCAAGUGCUCGCAACUCCCGAUGCCCGCGCUCCGACUCCGUUUUUGGUCCAGCCCGAAGCGAAGGAUGUGUCUCUUCCGCAGUUCUCAUAUUUACAAGUCACGCAUACCGAGGUGAAAACAGCCAGGCACCACUUCGUGCCUGGAAGGAAAAGACAAUAGCACAUCCUCCGACCUUUCCGUUCAGCGAGAACGAGUACAUAGCCGGCGAUGGGCUUGACAAGAAGUCAGAAUCGGGCUUUGUCGGGCUACACACCGACUAUUUUGCGGCUGAGAAGGCCAUCCGUCGGGUGGCUGGACUAAACAAUAUCGAACCUGGUCGUCCUUGCAUGAUGGCCAGUAGCAACAGCUGA